AUGAGGAGCCCUAUAAGGAGCCCUAUAAGGAGCCCCAUGAGGAGCCCUAUAAGGAGCCCCAUGAGGAGCCUUAGAAGCCUCAUGAGGAGCCAAACGAGGAGCCCCAUGUGGAGCCCCACAAAGAGCCUGAGGAUCCCCAUGAGGAGCCCCAUGAGGAAACCCACAAGGAGCCUGAGAAGCCCCACAAAGAGUCCCAUGAGGAGCCCCAUGAAAAGCCUCAUUAGGAGCCUUAGAAGCCCCAUGAGGAGCCUCUUGUGGAGCCCCAUGACUCCUGUUUACAGCACCUGGUCGUAUUUGAACUGUUUUCUACGCUUAUCGGAUCACUUAUAUUCUUAUUUUAUCGGCUAA